AUGGGGUACGUACAGGAAGCACGUGAGAAUCACGUGAAGAAGAAAGUUGAAGAAGCUUUGAGAAGCAAAAUGAAGCAGAAGGCACUAAAACAAUGCGAGGAAUACACGUCGAAAUACGCGCAAUGUGCAGCUGGAAGAACAAUUUCUGUUGUGUGGCAGUGUAGGAAACAGGCUAAGGAAUUGAACGACUGCCUUCAUCAAUAUACGAAUGAUGCUGUCUUGGAAGAGAUGAAGAGAGAAUACAUGCUUCAACAAGAUGUCAAGGGUCCUUUGAGUGCCUAA